UUUCAGAGACUUGAGGUGCUACCACGUCCGCGGGCACUGAGCUGCUGGAUGUUGGCAAGGAACGGAAUCCCUUAAGCUGUUUGUAGCGUGGGUUCACCCCACUUUAUAAGGGGGAACAGCAUGCACCCUGUUGAACCUUUCUCAGGCUUCCUGUAGCUUCCUUAUCCAACGUAUUGUUCUGAAGGUUGCUAAGAAGGUUUGCGAGGUUUUUUGGCUGCAAUAAAUCUAAACUUCUUCCUGUUGGUCUUAGCCUCUUUCCGUAAGGAAGAUUACAUUUUGUUAAUAAGUCAGGUAACAGUGUCAGCUACCCGCUUCCUGCACAUCCGGUUUCACACGUUCGGUGGCUUCCCUGGCUUCCAAACGUCAUCUCGGGCCACUGCUUUCUUAAACAGACCAAACAGGUCGGGAAGGGAGGAGUAAAUUGCAGGUCUGGACUAGACCUGGGCAGGUUCGUAGCAGACUCGUUGGGAGGCGGGGAGACAUCUUUUCAAAUCCCGCGAUUCAGAUUCAAGUCCCAGUUGUCCCUCUUCCUGUUGGCCAGAACUAUUUGAACCUCCUCCCUCCUAACAAGAUGUGUCAGCGGGCCGUGAGUCACCGCCUUCGAAAUUUCUGUGCGGAACUCAAGUGUUCCCAGUGCCCAGACCUCACGCCUAUUGGGAAACUGUACUUAGUUAAGGGAGGUGACAGAGCGGGGCUGCUUUGGACUCGGCUCGGUGGCGCGGUGACGUCACGGCCAGCGUGCGGUGUGGGCGGAGCCUCACUUUGAACCCAGUUGGCGGGAGUUGCGGCUGGGAAAGGCCGUGGCGCCUGGCCGGCUGUUCUCUAUUUGAGCUGUCCAGAGAUGGAGUCCACUGCCCGGAGCGAAGAGAACGAAGGAGGCGCGGUGGCAGGAGAAUGCGUGAAUAAGAUCCCGGUGCCAAGACCGCCCUCCAUUGAGGAUUUCACCAUAGUGAAGCCCAUUAGCCGCGGCGCCUUCGGGAAAGUGUACCUGGGACAGAGAGACGGCAAGUUGUAUGCAGUGAAGGUUGUCAAAAAAGCAGAUAUGAUCAAUAAAAAUAUGACUCAUCAGGUACAAGCUGAGAGAGAUGCACUGGCACUAAGCAAAAGUCCUUUCAUUGUCCACUUGUAUUAUUCACUGCAGUCAGCAAGCAAUGUCUAUUUGGUAAUGGAGUAUCUUAUUGGUGGAGAUGUAAAGUCUCUCCUACAUAUAUAUGGUUAUUUUGAUGAAGAGAUGGCUGUGAAAUAUAUUUCUGAAGUAGCAUUGGCACUAGACUACCUUCAUAGACAUGGAAUCAUCCACAGGGAUUUGAAACCAGAUAAUAUGCUUAUUUCUAAUGAGGGUCAUAUUAAACUGACAGAUUUUGGCCUCUCCAAAGUGACUCUGAAUAGAGAUAUCAAUAUGAUGGAUAUCCUUACAACACCUUCAAUGGCUAAACCUAAAGAAGAUUAUUCAAGAACCCCAGGACAAGUAUUAUCUCUCAUCAGUUCUUUGAGAUUUUUCACACCAGUUGCAGAAAAAAAUCAAGACUCUAUAGAUACCAUUUCAACUCAUCUAUCUGAAACAUCACAAUUUUCUCAAGGAUUAAUUUGUCCUAUGUCUAUAGAUCAAAAGGAGGCUAAUCCUUAUUCUAGCAAACUACUAAAAUCAUGUCUUGAAACAUUUGCCUCCAACCCAGGAGUUCCUGUGAAAUGUCUAACUUCAAAUCUGCUCCAGUCUAGGAAAAGACUGGCUACAUCUAGUGCCAGUAGUCAAUCCCACACCUUUGUAUCCAGUGUGGAAUCAGAGUGUCACAGCAGUCCCAAAUGGGAAAAGGAUUCCCAGGAAAGUGAUGAAGCAUCGGGCUCUACAAUGAUGAGUUGGAGUACAGUUGACAAGUUAUGUGCAAAAUCUGCAAAUGCUGUUGAGACCAAAAGUUUCCAUAAAAAGGAUCUUGAGUUAGCCCUUUCUCCCAUUCACAACCCCAGUGCCAUUCCUGCCACUGGAAGCUCUUGUGUAAAUCUUGCUAAAAAAUGCUUCUCUGGGGAAGUUUCUUGGGAAGCAACAGAACUGGAUGUAAUUAAUGUAAAUAUGGCCACUGACACAAGACAGUCUAGUUUCCAUGAGUCAAAGCAGUGGACUGUAAAUUCUAGUGAUGUAUCUGAAGAGCACCUUGGGAAAAGAAGUUUAAAAAGAAAAAUUGAGUUGGUUGACUCUAGUCCUUGUCAGGAAAUUAUACAAAAUAAAAAAAAUUGUGGGGAGUAUAACCAUAGUAAUGAAAUGAUAAAUUGUAACACAAAUCAAAAUUCAGGCUUAACAGCUGAAGUUCAGAAUUUGAAGUUAUCAGUGCACAGAAGUCAGCGAAAUGACUGUGCUAAUAAGGAAAACAUUGUCGAUUAUUUUACUGAUAAACAACAAACACCAGAAAAAUUACCUAUACCAACGAUAGCAAAAAACCUUAUGUGUGAUCUAGAGGAAGAUUGUGAAAAGACUAAUAAGGACUACUUAAAUUCUAAUUUUCUAUGCUCUGAUGAUGAUAGAGCUCCCAAAAGUAUUAAUAUGGACUCAGAUUUGUCUUUUCCUGGAAGUUCUAUCAUGGAAAGUUCAUUAGAAAGACAAUCCUUAGAUCCAGAUAAAAGUAUCAAGGAAUCCUCUUUUGAAGAAUCAAAUAUUGAAGAUCUACUUAUUGUAUCACCAAACUGCCAAGAAAAUACCUUGCCAAAAGAAGAUGAGAACCCUGUUAUCCAAGACAAUAACCAAAAAAUAUUAGCUCCUUCUUCAGAUGUGUUGAAGACCUUAACUCUUUGUAAAAGAAAUGCCGUAGUUUUUCGAAGUUUUAAUAGUCAUAUUAAUGCAUCCAAUAAUUCAGAACCAUCCAAGAUGAGCAUCACUUCUUCAGAUGCGAUGGAUAUUUCAUGUGGUUAUACUGGCUCAGAUCCCAUGGCUGUCACCCCUACUCAAAAAGGAACAUCCUAUAUGUCAUAUCAGCAGACCCCAAAUCAGAUCAAAUCAGGAACUUCAUACCGAACUCCAAAAAGUGUGAGAAGAGGGGCAGCCCCAAUGGAUGAUGGCCGAAUUCUAGGAACCCCAGACUACCUGGCACCUGAGCUGUUAUUGAGCACAGCCCAUGGUCCUGCAGUAGACUGGUGGGCACUUGGAGUUUGCUUGUUUGAAUUUCUAACUGGAAUUCCCCCUUUUAAUGAUGAGACACCACAACAAGUAUUCCAGAAUAUUCUGAAAAGAGAUAUCCCUUGGCCAGAAGGUGACGAAAAGUUAUCUAAUAAUGCUCAAAGUGCAGUAGAAAUACUUUUAACUAUUGAUGAUACAAAGAGAGCUGGAAUGAAAGAACUGAAACGUCAUCCUCUCUUCACUGAUGUAGACUGGGAAAAUCUGCAGCAUCAAACUAUGCCUUUCAUACCUCAACCAGAUAAUGAAACAGAUACUUCCUAUUUUGAAGCCAGGAAUAACGCUCAGCAUCUGACUGUAUCUGGAUUUAGUUUAUAGCAUGUAAAUGUUUCUUUUAUUUAAACUUGUAUUAUAGAAUAAGCUUCAUAAUUAUAUACUCCUUAAUACUAAACUGAUAAAAGAGGGAUCAAAAUAAUUAAUUCUACCUGGGUUGAUGAGCUUUUAAUGUAUGUGACAGCUUUCACAGAGUUAAAAAGAUAUAAGAAAUGUAAUUAGUAAUAUCUCAACUUGAGAACUGUAUAUAAAUCUUCAAAUCUUUUUAAACUUUAUUUAUUUAUUUUCUGCACUUUAUGAAAAGUAAAGCAUCAAUAAAAUUAGAAUGGCACUACCACUAUAAUACAUAGAGAUAGUUAGCCACAAGCUUGAUUUUUUUCUUUAUGUGUUGAUUGUAGUCCACCAUUCAAUAUGGUAACAACAAAAAAGGUAUGGUUUCAUUUGAAUGUAAUUUACUUGCCCAUGUUCUAGCGACUUAGGGGUAUGAGGUUGGAGGAUCGCAAGUUGCAGGCCAGCCUCAGCAACUUAAUGAGACCCUGUCUCAAAAUAAGAAAAUAAAAAGGGUAGGGAUGUGGAUCAGUGGUAAAGUGCCUCUGGGUUCAAUCCCCAGUAUGGAAAAACAAAAACAACCCUGUGGUCUCAUGGGCAAUCAUUUAAGGCAUCAUUUGUAACCUCGAAAAUGUAGCUGGAAAAUUUCUUCGCUCAUUAGUGUAACUCUUUUGGGAAACAAGGACUAAAAAAAAGGACUAGAGUUUUAGUUUACAAGUUACUAAUGAUACAGUUUUAUUGCCUUGACUGCUUUUGGUGCUUGCCUUUAGGAUAUUUAUUUAUUUUUUUUAAUACUACUGGAAAAGUUAGGUGUGAUAUACUGUAAACAAUUUAAAAUAGUAAUACAAUUUAAUUUUGCCUAAUAUAAUUAUAAAAGUAAAUUAUCUGUCAGCAUCAACACACACUGUGAGUAUUCAGCUUAGUCAUAUCUUAAAUUCAUUGAGGUUUUCAGCAUACUUAACACCUAAAAGAGCAAAGGUCAAACACCGUUUUCUUUUUGCACAUUGGCUUUACUGUUUGCCCUGUUGUAAUAUAGUUGACAAAGAUACAAGUUUAAAACAGAGUGAAAGAUAUACCAUUAUAAUAUUUCUUUCUAAUUGAAUUCACGGGCUAGAGGUUUUACUGAGCUUGUUUUAGUAAUGACUACUUAGAUUUAAUGCUCCUCAUAGUUACCCCUUGUAAUAAAAUGUUCAAAAUACAGUUAUUUUAACUUCAUUUAGUUUGAGUUAUACAUUUUUCCCCUAGAUGAGAGCAUAGAAUUACCUAUCAUCUUUUUAUGGUAUUGUCAAGUAGUGAAAAGAAAAAAGGCUGUGGAAUCAAACGGAUCAAACCAUCAUUCUGCCACAUUAAGACACCUUAGCAGAUUAAUUGGGAGCAGCUCCAUGUUGGGGAUUAUACUGAUUACUUUGAAGAGUUGGAAUGAGCAGAGCCAGAUGAAGAAACAACCAGUUUUGUGGCUUCCUGAGGAAGGUAUCAAGGAUUUGAAAUGUUACUUAAUUGGAGAAAUGUAAAAUUAGCUGAUUUUCAACAGAAGACAAAGCCCUUAAUUAGAAAGUUACACAGUUUAUUGUUAUAAACCUAGCUAGUCAUCUGAAAUGCUGCCACCAGGAAAGGCAUGUUGUCAUGGUAUUUAGGGGGAAUGUGUGAUUUAUCAUCUAAAUUUAUAACUGUCAAUGAGUUGUAAGUUCAGACACUUGUUAAGGAGAAACCCAUGAAGGAACAACAAUAAUGAAAUAAAGAACAUUGACUAUGA